GCACUGGAGACCUUGAGGCCCUCAGGAAGCUGCAGAUCGGCGGAGAGGGCGACUUCUGCGACUGGCCCGGCAUCCGCUGUGAUGACCAGGGCUGCGUCGUGGAGCUAACUCGCCACGAUGCGCGGGGCUUCUUUUCUGCCGUGGCAUCCCUGCGGCAGCUUCAACGCCUCGACCUCUCCAACUCAAGGGUCUCUGGGGACGUCGCGGCCCUGACCGGGCUUGAACAACUCCAUCACCUCGAUCUCUCCCAAGGACUCUCCCACGCACGGGUCUACGGGGCCGUCGAUACUCUGCGCGACCUCCAACAACUCCAUCACCUCGAUCUCUCCCACACAUCAGACGUCUACGGGAAAGCCGAGGCCCUGCACGUCCUCCGACAACUCCAUCACCUCGAUCUCUCCCAUACACACGUCCGGGGGAACCUCGAGGUUUCCGACCUGCCGCUCAAGCAUCUUGACCUCUCAAAGACGAAAGUCAGUGGCAGCUUGGAGAACUUGGAGAACAUCACUGGGCUGGAGGUCCUGAAUCUGGCGAAAUGCAACAUCAGUGGCCAGUUUGCGAGCCUGUCCAGGCUCGGGAGCCUGAGGACGUUGGACGUCACUGACACAAACAUACACGGAAGCCUCGAGGACCUGAGACAGUCCACGAGCCUGCAGCACCUGAUCGGCCCUCGUCUCCAGCUCUCCGGCGACCUCGGGGCCUUGAGCGGUGCGACGGAUCUCGAGAUCCUCGACUUGAAACGCAGCCAGGUCACGGGGAAUCUGGAUGCCUUGCAAGGAAUGAGACGCCUCCGGAAGGUGGACCUGCGCGAGACCCACGUCUCCGGCAGCCUCAACUUCCUGGAGGGCAAGGAGAAGAUGGAGUUCCUGAAUUUGGCACGCACGCAGGUCGGGGGCGAGCUCGGCCCCUUGCGAGGCCACGCUGCGCUCCACACGGUGGACUUGCACCGAAGCCAAAUCGCUGGGGAGCUCGCGCCCCUGAAGAACUUCCAAGAGCUCCAACGAUUAGACCUCGCCGAAACCGACGUCUCUGGAAGCCUGGAGCCCCUGGCAAACCUGACUCGCUUGCAGCGGCUGUGGCUGCAUAAGACGAGGAUGUCGGGCCCCCUGGCUCCUGUGCAAAGCCUUACCGAGCUUCAGGAGCUGGAUCUCCACGACACGACCGUUUCUGGAGACUUGGUGGCUGUCCGGCAUCUCCGCCAACUCCAGCACUUGUACCUCAGCAAGACCGCGAUCUCCGGCGACCUCGCUGCGGCGCGGGAGCUCACAGAGCUCAGAAAGCUGGGGCUGGGCGGGGUGAAGAACAUUCACGGCCGGCUGGAAAGCCUGCAGAGAGGUCUGGCCGCCCUGGAUCUCCAGGAGACGGGAGUCUGGGGCAACCUCGAGGUCUUUCUCUCGAUGCUCGAUCUCCAUGUCCUCAACCUCCGCCAGACUGCAGUCUCGGGCACUGUGGCUGAUCUUGGAGGAGGGGGGUGGCUUGCACACUUGGACCUGAGCGCCACCGCCGUCGGCGGCGAGCUGGCAGAUAUCGCAGGGCUCACAGACCUCAAAACGGCGCUUUUGUCCGGGACCCGGGUGAGCGGGCUGCUUUCCGACUUGCAGAGCUGCUGCACAGACCUGCGGGAGCUGGAUCUCGCCGAGAGCCAAGUGGGCGGCCUACGGCCUCUGGGAGAGGAGCAGCCGCCCCGGCUGCUGCCCGCACUUGAGCGCCUGAACGUGAGCGGCUGCCCGCUGAACGGCACUGCCACAGAGCUCUUGGUUCCCCUAGCGGGGACACCGCUGAAGAGCCUGGCGGCCGCCCGCAGCGGCCUACGCGGUGAGCUGCCAAACCAAACCGAUGGCGGGGUCGUCAGCCGCUUGGAGAGGAGCCUGGAAUACCUGGACCUGGCAGGAAAUCAGCUGAGUGCCAUUCCCCACCUUGGCGCAAGCAUAACGUAUUUGGAUCUCAGCAGCAAUGCCGGCGCGAUGAAACUUGGCCACGGCGUGCUGACCCAGGUCGUGCUGAACCACACAGAGGUGCACAUGGAGGGCACGCGCCUGCAGAACCCGGAGGUGGUCCAAGAGGAGGCGCGGCGUCUCAAGGACAAGCUGCCCUUGCAGGACUCCAGGCGAACCCUGCAUGCGGAGGGCUACGCCUGCGCUCACUUCGCGCUCCCCGCGCUGCGCGUCACCCCGGAGCUCUUCUUGCCCCAGUACAUGUGCAAGUGCCGGCCCGGCCACUUCGGAAAGGGUGCCACCUGCCAGGCUUGCCCUGCCGACACCUUCGCAGAUGACGAGGACCAGGCGCAGUGUGAGAAGUGCCCAGCCAACAGCACCUCGGCCAAUGGCUCUGCGGCUCUGAAUGCCUGCGAUUGCAGCUAUGGCAAGCCUCGGGGCGAGAAGGGCAACCGGAGUUGCCAAUGUGAGCCCGGCAGCAUCGCAGCACAUGCUCCGGUGGAAGAAGGCUACGCCCGCAUCUCCGGCUCCCUUCAGGUCUUCCGCUGCUUAGAGGCAGAGCGUUGCACACCCUUCACGGAUUCGGGCUGCGCAGCUGGAUACUCCGGCCCUCUGUGUGUGGAGUGCGCUCCUAACUACCACUCCCUCAACUUCGGCAAGCAGUGCGACGAAUGCCAGAGCCUGCGCCAGCAGUCGGUGGUCUUGGUCUUCGUGGUCUCCCUGGGAACUCUGGCGCUGAUGGGCGCCGUCGUCGCCGCAGGCUGCCUCCUGAGGAGCUACAUCCCAAAGCCUGGCCUGGGAAUGGAGUGCGCGGCGCAGCUCCUGGUGUCUCAAGGGGCGGUGUUGCUGCAGCUUGCGCAGCUCUGGGCUCUGCUGGCGCGCCUGACGAGCGCCAGGGAGGCACAAAAAGUGUUGCAGGAAGUGGUCGCGUACAAUGUCACAGAUGACGUCCCCGCCCCUGAGGAGUUGAACACCGAUCGGGACCCACUGUUCUCCUACAUCGAAAUCCUACAGUUCACGGGCUCGGAGUUGCAAAGCUUCCUGGACUUCCAGUGCCGCUACGACGGUGCGACGGUCCGCGGCGUCUUCGCCCUUGCCACGCCCCUCCUUCCCUUGCUGGUCCUGGUUGCAUGCGCCUGCCUAGAGCUUCGGAACCUUGGCAUGGGCAUCCAGCUGGCCCUCCGCGCCUUGACGGUCCUCUUCGUGGGAGGCGCCUCCGGCGCGGUGAAGCUGCUGGGCUGCCAGCGCGCCGACGGCGAAGGCACCUGGAUACCAGACGACCUGGCCUUCCGGCCGCUUUUCCCGUGGCUCCGGUGCUCGAAGGAGACCGCCGCAGCCGCCUGGGUGGACCGAAUCGGCUGGAGCACUGCCGCCGUCUAUGGCGUUGCGGUGCCCUGUUUCCUCGCCUUCCUCUUCUUCAGGCAGCACCGCACCAUGCGGCAGUGCAAGACCUUCUUUGUCGUCAGUGCCAACCAGGAGAACGGCAGCGUCCAGCUGGAGCUCACUGCAUGCGCAAAGUCGGAGCAUUUCGAGGAGGAGCUCCUGGCAAGGCGCCUACUGGGGGCUGCAGCGGCCCACCUGGCGGUGCAGAGGCCAGGAGAAGUUUUGGUGGAGCUCCACCAAAACGCGGUGAUUGUGACAGGGCAAAAUGGCAUCAGUCACGAAGAGAAGAGCAGCGGCUUUUCUUCCAUCUCGGCCGAGAGCUUCAUGGAGAGCGACAUGAAAGACACCGUGCUAGCACGGAACUACAUGAUGCAGAUGCUUACGGAGCGCAGCAUCUUAGAGGAGAUCCAAUCAGACAGAAUGCUGAUCGGGGCGAAGCAACUUCUUUGCAAGUACGCCUAUUGCGGCGGAGUGUGGAUGGAAGUCGCUCUGAAACUGAGCUCCGCCUGCCUCGUUUCCGUCGUCUCUUCGAGGGAUGGCCUGUGGCUGUCCGUGGCAAUCACCUUCGGCAUGGCUGUGAUCAUCGGCAGCGUGCGGCCCUUUGCUCAGCCCCAGGUGAAUGCUCUGCAGAGCUUCAGCUUUUGUUGCCUCGCUCUGGCCGCGGUGGGAUUCGCACAUCGCUGGAGCUCUCUGACCCACUUGGCCCUCCUGGCGCCCCUGGUGCUCACGGCGGUGCAACUCCUGCGCCCGGACUCCCCGGAAGCCCUGGCCCUGCGGCUGCAGCAGGAGCUGGCGAAGCAGAUCGAACCUUUGCGGCGCGGUGAGAGUGUGAGAGUCCGCGCGGAAGAAGUGCGGAGAUAUCCGGCCUUCUGCGGAGCAGAGGCUCUGAGCAUCAGAGAGCCGAAAACAGCCAGCCAGCCUCCUACUGUGGUCUCGGCGUCGAGCCCUUUUGCCGAGACGCGCGCUUGGCGCACUCGAGAAUCUCGGCAACCAUGCGGCUGA